AAGAAGAUAAAGGAGGACCCGCAACGGUAAGAGUGGCAGAGUGACUAUAAGACCGGGAGAGGCGCCCGCCGCGGCAUCUUCAGUUAGACUCUUUCUUUUCUCAGCGAUCUCGAUCGUCUGCCACUCGUUUAUAUUCGUUUUACUGUGUAUAUACAUACGUUCCCUAUAUAUAUACAGUAACAGAAAUAUCACCAUGAAGGUUGCCGUCGCUUUGUUUGUUUCGGCGGCGUCCGCCGCGUCGAUUCCCGUAAAGCGGCUCCCAUUGCUCGAGGGUCUGCCGCUCGAGCAGUUCGGAGGAGUCCAUUCGAUUUCUAUUGAGGAUGCUAUUAACAAGUUGGAUUUGGUUGGGACGAAUUUCACCGCGCUGCCUAUUUCCAGCAUUUUCGAAGCCGUCGGCGAUGUAGUCGACGACGUUCUCGGCGAGACCCUUGGAAAGAUCAACCUAGGCGGUGACAAGAAGCCCGAGGAGCAGGAGUCCCAGGGGCUUCAGGAGGAGAAGGUCAGCACCAGCAGCGCCGAUGCUCAGGAUUCCCCGGACACUGAGCAGACCGAGAGUACUCAGAGCAGUACCCCAAGCGCCCAGAGCACUUCUAGUGCUGCUCCCAGCAUUACUCCCUCGCCUACCCCUACCGCCGCGAGCAACCAGACCACUCAGGUCACCAACAGCCCCGCCGCUACUGGUACUGGCCAAUGCUCCAACCCGAACGUCCGCUACGAGUGGGACAACUACUCUUCUUCCGACAAGGAGGCUUUCGUUAACGCUUUCAAGUGCUUGAUGGACAAGCCUCCCUCCGGAAAGUUUGCCCCGUCCAAGAGCCGAUUCGAGGACAUUGUUCGCCUCCACCAGGCGUACUCGCCCAACAUCCACAGCAAGAGCACCACGCAGCAGACGCACAAGUUCCUCCUAUGGCACCGCUACUACGUCUGGGCUCUCGAGCAAAUUAUGCGCGACGAGUGUGGCUUCGACCGUGCUUUCCCCUGGUGGGAUGAGAAGAAGUGGGCUGGCAAGUUCGCUCAGGCUACCAUCUUCACCCCCGAGUACUUCGGUUCCCUCCCUGCCCCUGUUAACGGUGCUGCUAGCUGCAUUAACGACGGUAAAUUCGCCGGUCUGCAGUUGAGCCUCGGACCCGGAAUGGUCACCGACAACACUCACUGCCUCCAGCGUGCCGUCAACGAGCAGGUUACCACUCAGACUGGCCAGAACGCCUGGGACACUUGCCGAUCUCGUACCUCUUACCCCGACUUCCACAGCUGCGUUGAGUUUACCUACCACGCUCAGGGCCACAACGGUGUUGGUGGUGUCAUGGCUGAUGCCAUCGCCUCCCCCGGUGACCCAUCUUUCUUCAUGCACCACCUGUUCGUCGACUACGCUUUCCGCAAGUGGCAGCUCGACGAUGUCGCUACCCGCACCACCUCCAUCAGCGGCUGUGCCGACAACGAGAACUGCACCCCUCUUACGCUCGACACCAUGGUUUACGUUGGCGAGAUCUGCGGUGAGAAGUGCCCCGACCUCAAGGUCCGGGAUGUCCUUAACACCGUCAACGGUCACUUCUGCUACCGCUACGACUACUAGAGAUGGUCUCGUGCCGAAGGCGGGAUAUCGACCCAGGAAACUUACAUAUAGACCACCAAUACUCUCAUUGUAAUUAGGAUAGAACUGCAAGUUCUAAUCAUAGCGUUCAUUAGCAGAUACCCUUGACCAGAAAUUGUUUUUUGUUAGUUCACUUUUGCGUCUGUGAUUCGCGAAUGUUGUAGAUUGCUGUAUGUUGCCGUGCUCGGGGAUAGUGAUAGAUGAGUUAAUACCGGUGAGUGAAGGUGAGGCCCUUGGCGAUUGAUUAAUCUAAUGUGUUCCGAUUGCAGGGGUGAGGGACAUGGGAUCGGGCAUAGCGGUUGAUGGCGUAAGGCUCUAACACUUAUUGAGAUGUGAAUAGUAGCCGACGGUAUUAUCAGUUUAACAUAGUACACCUAGUUUCGACGGCGAACUUAUUUUUGGGGUCUUACACAACAUCCUGUAGGCGUAUUCCCUCGUAGGAAGGCACGUAGGAUUACGUCGACCGAGUAGGGGGCGGUAACACCAGAUUCAGGGUCUGUUCCUUGCACUUGCAAAUCGCAAUAGGAUCCAUUUUUGAGGAUAAUGGGCCAAACUCCAUCAUUU